ACUCGUGCUUGGAAGGUCGACGGCUUUUCUGGGGUCUUCGUGGGGGUCUUCAUCAGAUUCUUCUGGCCAGAUGCCUCACUCUCACGUGUCUCCCUCAGAUUGGCGCUGGCUUGUCCUCUGGCUCAUCUGUGUGGUGCCCGCUGCCAUUGGCAGACCCUGUGCAGAAGACGAGUUCACCUGUGCCACGGGCACCUGUCUUCCUGCCAGCCACGUCUGUGACUUUACUGAGCAGUGCGGCGAUGGAGGUGAUGAGCACCACUGCUUUGACUGGGACCGCUGUGACUUUGAAAGUGACUUCUGUGACCUGACACAGAGCGACAAUUCGCAGUUCGCCUGGGCCAGGAAAACGGGCGAGGAUGGCAUUGGGCCGAAGUGGGACCACCGGGACAGCCAGACAGCUCAUUUCUUAUCGAUGACUUAUAAGGGCGGCAAGCAGCCGUUGGCCACCUUGAGAAGUUCCUUUUUUCUUCCAACGGGUGUGAGGCAGAGGUGCCAGGUCACCUUUUACUACCACCUGCCACCACAAGAUGGAGCUCUGAGCGUCGGACUGCAGACUCACCAGGGGGGUCCUGUGCAGGAGGUCUGGAGGCAGACGGAAGCCCAGAAGGAACGAUGGACGAGGACAACGGUGACAAUCGAGAGCCGUGACAGAUUCCAGCUGCUCCUUCAAGGAAGAAGAUCCAAACUCCUGCCAUCAUCGGAGACCCCGGCCAUCGAUGACAUCUCCUUCAGUAACGGCUGUGUUCCCGAGGUCGCCGAUGCCUGUGACUUUGAGUCUGGCCAGUGUGGAUGGACCUCUACAGGCCUGGGGACACAAAUCCAAUGGCACCGCAGCAGAGCUGGCGACAGUCCACUUGGGGGCGCUGCACCUCUGAAUGAUCACAGUGUGAACUCCUCUGAAGGUCACUUCAUCUGGAUGGCCACCAACAGGAGCUCAGAGCCUGUGACCGCCAGCCUGGAGAGUGCCACCUACAGAGCUGGGGCGAAGUGUGCCCUGAGGUUUUACUACAGCAUGGCAGGAGACAACAGGCUGAGGGUCUGGGCACAGAUGCCACAGGGUCUGAAAAAGAGGCUGGCGACGCUGGCACCGACAGAUGGGCUCUGGGUUGGCGAGGAGCUGCCACUUCCACCCUGCUUAGCUCAAUUUCAGAUUCACUUUGAAGGAGUCCUUGGAGACCCCCUGGGAUUCCUGGCACUGGACACCAUUGAGAUCAUCAAUUGUGCUGAACGAGGAGAGCCAGCGUCCUGCCCGAAGGAGUUUGAUGCCAGCCAAGACGGACCAAAUGCCCCCAGCCCUACCAGAUCACCAGCUCUGUGCCCACCAGCCUUCUUCACCUGUCACACUGGAGAGUGCAUCCCUGGCAGUCAGGUCUGUGACUUCACUGAAGACUGUCCUGGGGGGGACGACGAAGAGCAGUGUGCUGCUGCCUGUGACUUUGAAGGGGGCUCCUGCGGGUGGUACGAGAACGCGCCAGGGGACGGCUUCGACUGGAUCUGGGGCUCCAGGGUGGCCCUCCAGCCCGACUACCAGGAUCAGGCUCCUCCGCAGGACCACAGCACGGACACGUCCAAGGGUCACUCCAUGUUUGUGGUGAAGACCACCAAGAGUCUGUCCCAGAAGGCAGAGCUGAGGAGUCCGAAGUUCAGGCAGUCGGCCUCGGGGUGCACCUUGUCCUUCUGGCACUACAACUACGGGCAGGCUGUUGGCGCGGCAGACAUGUACCUGCGGGUGGACGGCGUGAACAACAACACAGUGGUCUGGAGGACUCUGUACGACCAGGGGAGCCGCUGGCUGCGGGUGCUCAUCCAGCUGGGCCGUCUCACGCGCCCCUUCCACUUCUCCCUGACCAAGCUCAGUCUGGGGGUCUUUGAUGGCGUGUCCGCCCUCGACGACAUCCGCUUUGAGGACUGCGCCCUGCCGCCCCCUGUGCCCGUCUGCCAGGGGCAGCAACACUUCCACUGUAGGGACACCAAGGCCUGCAUUGACCGGCUGCUGGUGUGUGAUCUGACGGAUGACUGUGGUGACACGUCUGACGAAGACCACUGUGCCCAGGGUCUGCAGUGUGACUUCGAGGACGGUCUGUGCAACUGGACACAAGACGACGUGGACAACUUUGACUGGACACGAAUCCAAGGCCCGACCCCCACGGCCAAGACGGGCCCCUGGAAGGACCACAGCCUGGGCACGGUGCUGGGUCACUACCUGUACAUCGAGACGUCGGCCCCCCAGGCCUUCAGGGACACGGCGGUCCUGCUGAGCCCCAACUUCGGUCCGACCGCCCACCAGGCCUGCAUCUUCCGCUUCCACUACCACAUGUUUGGCCAGCACGUCUACAAACUGGCCGUCUACAAGAGGACCUCGAGGGAUGCCCAGGGGCUCCUGCUGUGGGCACAGUAUGGGGAGCAGGGCAACUUGUGGCUCAGGGAGACGCUGCACAUCCGCAGUUCACAGCCCUUCCAGGUCUUGGUGGAGGGGACUGUUGGUGACGAUUUAAAUGGUGACAUUGCCAUCGAUGACCUGUCCUUCAUGGACUGCCUUCUUUAUGAUGGUGACUUGCCAUCUGCUGGCCUGACCACACCUUGGGGUUCCUCCGGCCCCCCAACAGAAGCCCCCAACAACUGCUCACAUGAGCAGUUUGCCUGCCAGGAGACGGGACGCUGCAUCGACGCUGGCCGAAGAUGUGAUUUUCGAGGGGACUGCGCAGACGAGUCCGAUGAAGUCACCUGCGUGCAGCCCCUGUGCAACUUUGAAGGUGGCCUGAUGUGUGGCUGGCACCAGAAUACAUCGACAUCCUCGGAGGCAGAGCACCCAUUUCAGUGGUUCAUUGGCCAGGGUGCCAGCCUUCACCCCGGGGAGGAGAACCACAGGCCAGCCUGGGACCACAGCAGCGCCUCUCAUGAUGGCUUCUACGUGUACGCGGACAGCUCCAACGGGGCAUACGGUGCCAUCGCUGACCUGCUGACCCCAUUGAUCUCCAGGACGGGACCUCAGUGCACGCUGACGUUUUGGUAUCACAUGAAUGGCAUCACGGUGGGCACGCUGCAGGUGCUCAUCAUCUCUGGAGGGGUCACCCAGGACCUGUGGGCUCUGUCCGGGAGUCAGGGCAACAGCUGGAAGAAAGGCGAGGUCUUCCUGGGGACGCGUGACAAGUUUCAGAUCAUCCUGCGGGCAAAGCGUGGGAUCAGCUACAUUGGGGACGUGACGCUGGACGACGUGGCCUUUGAGGACUGCGCCCCGCUGCUGACCCCUGACCGGCAGUGCCACACGGAUGAGUUCACCUGUGCCAAUGACUUCUGUAUCUCCAAAGACAAUCUGUGUGACUUCAGUGACCACUGUGGCGAUGCAUCAGAUGAGGACCCCCGCAUCUGUGGUCACUUCUAUGGCCGCUGUGAUUUUGAGUUCGACCUUUGCUCCUGGCGUCAGUGGCAGGGCGAUGACUUCGACUGGCUCCUCCGAGUGGGCAGCACACCCACUCUUGGCACUGGACCAUCAGCAGACCACACGCUGCAGGACCCCUCAGGACACUACAUCUACGUGGAGAGCUCCUUCCCACAGACGGUGGGCAACGUGGCCAAGCUGUCGAGUCUGACCAUCAGCAGACUGAGCAGAGACUGUAAGCUCAUUUUCUAUGUCCACAUGGCUGGACGAAGCAUGGGCAGUCUCCUGGUGUACCAAGUGACCGUUUCCAAUCAACAGCGCCAACUUCUGAACCUGACAGGAGACCAGGGCAACUACUGGCAGAGGAGGCAGCUGGCCCUGCACGCUGACGAGGACUUCAUGGUGCUGAUCGAGGGCCAAGUGGGCAAAGGUGGCAAAGGGGACAUCUCUUUAGACGACAUCACCUUCACGGGAGAGUGCCUGCCGGCGGCAUCCGCCAGCUCACCCGCACCACCGACGUCAAGCCCACCACACGGACUUUGCCCAUCUGGAUACCUGCAGUGCCACGGUGGGGGGUGCUACACCCCCAGGCAGCGGUGCAACUUUGUGGAUGACUGCGUAGAUGGCACCGACGAGGAGGAAUGUGGCACCUCUUGUGACUUUGAACACGGCCGAUGUGGCUGGAAGAACUCGCUGGCCGACAACUUUGACUGGGUCAUCGGACUGGGGUCACUGCAGAGCCUUCGACCCCCUGUGGACCACACACUGGGGACCCAAAACGGACACUUCGCCUACCUUGAGGCCACCCCAGCUGGUCUCCGUGGUGACAAGGCCCACAUGAAGAGCUCCAGGUGGACGGAGUCGAGUGGCACCUGCAGGCUGACCUUCUGGUAUUUCAUGUCACCUAAGGCCACCGGCAUCAUCCGGCUUUAUGUGAAGACUGACCACGGCCUCUCUGAGGUAUGGAACAAGACGGGGAGCCCAGGGGACACCUGGGUGAAAGCCGAAGUGCCGCUGAGGAGGCUGAGGGACUUUGAGAUAAUCUUUGAAGGGGUCCGGUCCAAGGAUUUCGGUGGAGGGGCCGCAAUCGAUGACAUUCGCUUUGAAAGCUGCCAGCCUGGUGAUGAGGUGCCCGGCUUGUGCCUGCUGCUCACCGAUUUCAUGUGUGCCAACAAGCAGUGCAUUGACUCCCACCUCGUCUGUGACUACAAGGCGGACUGUGACGAUGGCUCGGAUGAAGUGGACUGUGGUGAUGUCCAUUCGGUGCCUGGCACCUGUGACUUCAAUGUGCCCGAGGGUGAGUCCUGGGAGUCAUCGUGCCACCUCCAUCAAGACGAAAAUGACGACUUUGACUGGACUAUCAGCAGUGGGGUGCUGGACACAGGGCAUGGCCCGGUGACCGAUCACGGUGGCAAAGGCCGAUUCAUUUACAUCAACUCUGUGGCCCAAAAGGAAGGCAGUGUUGCCAUCAUCUCCACGUGGGCACAGUUUCCAGCAAGUGUCGGCAUGUGCCACGUGCGCUUCUUCUACUACAUGCACGGCUCCAAGCAGAUACGCACGCUGAAGGUGUACACAGCCACAGACGCCGGCAUGAAUCUCCUCAUGUGGUCUACCAGUGGAAACCAGGGUGGCACCUGGAAGUAUGCCAACAUCAUUGUCUCCAACUACAAACCCUUCCGGGUGACCUUUGUGGCAGAGGUUGGUGUAGAUGGGGACACGGACAUCGCCCUUGAUGACAUCUCAUUUUCCAAGGAAUGCAUCACUCAAGGUGUGGUUACGUUGCCACCGCCAACCUGCAGCUUGGAAUCCUUCCAGUGCCAGCUUGUGCCACAGUGCAUAUCCUCCACGUGGCAGUGUGACGGCGAGGCAGACUGCGUGGAUGGGUCGGAUGAGUUCUGCCCCACCAAGAUGCCUGGCACACUGGGCCCCCAGGACAGGUGCCACAGCUCAGAGUUCCAGUGCAGAAGCGGGCAGUGUAUCCCGUCCCUGUUGCGGUGUGAUGGCGUUGCCGACUGCCAGGGCGCUGAAGAUGAAUUUGCAUGUCCUGUGAAGUUGUGUCUGAACGACUCGCUGCUCUGCGAGGACACGCAUGACUGCGUCCCACCCUCCCAGCGAUGUGACGGCACCGUGGACUGCGUCUCCUUCCAACCUGAUGAGUCGAGCUGCACAGAGUGCCCGACUGGAUACUGCAGAAACGGUGGCACCUGCGCCCUGGGAAGACGAGGCCCUUCAUGCCACUGCCCACCUAACUGGAGAGGAAACCGCUGCCAUCUUAAGAGGAAGACCAUCCCACCAUCAACCAGCGUGCCACUGUCUCCUCACAUGCAAACUGAUGUCUUUGCUGUCGUCAGUGCCGGGCUGACUCUCCUUGUGUUCGCUGCUGCUGGCGCUUCGCUGCUGUUCUGUAAGAAGAGGUUGGCGCCAGGGAAAGGGCCUGGCAUGGAAUGUGGUGCUGCCCAUGGACGUGGUGAAGCAGAGAUGCCGCGAAGUGGUGCCAUCCCUGCCAUUAACAUCAGCGUGUACCCCUGGCUGGAGCACCCGCAGGGUAACGAGAAGAUGAAGAAGGAGAAGAAGAAGGUCAGCCCUCCGCAGUCCUUUGCCAACCCACUGUACGAUGCCACAACUCUGACUGUGGGUCCUGUGGCCGGCUCCUCGGAAGCCUGACAUGGUUGGAGUGGCCUGGCACAGAUGCCAGUGUUGCGUCGUGGGGAGUCACUCUUAGCCAAUGACAAUGCA